CAGAAAAAAAAAGUCUUCUAUUUAUUUUCAGGUAUGGUUAAACGCUAAAAAUGUCCCAUUUUUUAACUUCAGUGUUAAUCGUUGCGAUGACAGUUGGAAGUUGAAGUUCACAAAUGAAUGCCAAAAUCGAAAUUUGGCUCAAAAUUUCUACGAGUUUCAAUCCAAGCAAAAUGUGCUUUCUCACGUAAAAAUUCGUUUUUUUAAUGAUUCAAAUGGUUUUGAAAUGUGUCCAAUAUUUGAUGUUCCAGCAAAAGCUUCUGGACGCUAUUACUGCUAUUCCAGAUACUUUAGAGACUUUUGA